AUGGAGCACAUCAAGCAUGACCAACAGCGCCAGUCGCCCCUGUUCUCCCUGCCAGCGGAGAUCCUCAACCAGAUUGUCCACAGCAUUCUGGAUCCCGCAGACCAGCUCAGGUUGGACAGCGCUGGUACAAAUCACUCUAAGUCCCGGCCAAACGUGUACCCCUACUGCCAGGAGAGGGGACCUGUCGACUGGACCAAGUCCCCGCCCCACCUCACCUACAUGGAGAAGCCAGAUCUCUAUCAGAUCCAAGCCAUGGGGACGGGUGACAUCUGCCACACCCUUCCAGGGCAGGUUGGCGACUACCGUGGCGACUUUGGCGCUUUUGCUGCGUUUCUCAGGACGUGUACCAAAGCGAACCGUAUCUACGGGGAAAUUCUGUGGGAGAUCCCCAUUUUUGCAUUUCUAAGCUCGGAUGCCCUGAAAAAGUUUCUGGACAAAGCCCCCUCCCAUUGUCGCGGUCUCAUCACGGACGUCCGGGUGACCUACGCCAACGUGCACUUCUCGACCACUGUGAUGAAUGGCUUGGAGCAGUACUGGGUUGAAAUUGGCUGGGAUCAGUUUGAAAACCAUGUGAUCUCAGAUUGCUUCGGUCUGCUGCCUAACCUGCAGACCUUUACCUUUGACACCAGCGUCUGGCCACUCCUGCAGGGCGGACCGAUGCUGAUAGAGGCCCAGGUGCGGAACGAGAACCGACUUGAUCGUCGAAUGUGCGAUAUAUACGACUAUCUAAGAGCCGCAGCGUCUGCCGGUGUUCAGAUCAUGGCGUACAAGAGUGGGGAGAGGCACAUCCACUCGCACAGCGUCGACGCAGACAGCGCUGCCGUCGUGAAACUCGGCGAGGACGGUGAGGAGGGUCAGGACGAGUCCGCCCACGAGGGUUCCAGUGGUGAAGACGAGGUUCCCGAGUGGUUGGAUUAUGAAUUUGACCAGGCGGACACCACGUUCUUUGGGGAAGCUCUCGAGGGGCAAGUGGAUGGGGCAGCGCCGGGUGCCAAGACGGCUCAUCGGCCCCACCCGGGAACGGAGGUCGGGGGACUGGGAAUGGAGGAAAGCAUCGACAUGAUAAGCGUUCAAUUAUGA